AUGGAGCUGAGCUGCGGCGUGGGGGGCAGCGCGGCCGCAGCCCCGGGGCCCGGCCCCCCCCCCGCCGCUGCCGCUGCGCCGCCCAUGGACGGUGAGGAGUACGAGAGCCUGCCCAGCGGAGCCUCGCUCGGCACUCACAUGGUGGCCGGGGCCGUGGCCGGCAUCAUGGAGCACACGGUCAUGUACCCGGUGGACUCGGUCAAGACCAGGAUGCAGAGCUUGCAGCCGGACCCCAAAGCUCAGUACAGGGGCGUGUAUGAAGCGCUGAAGAAGAUAGUCCGGACAGAGGGUUUCUGGAGGCCUUUACGUGGGAUCAAUGUCACCAUGCUGGGGGCUGGCCCUGCCCAUGCCAUGUACUUUGCCUGCUAUGAAAAGAUGAAAAAGUCUCUAAGUGACACUUUCCAGCAUGGAGGAAACAGCCACUUGGCCAAUGGUAUAGCUGGGAGCGUGGCCACGCUACUCCACGACGCAGUGAUGAAUCCUGCUGAAGUGGUGAAGCAGCGGAUGCAGAUGUUCAACUCCCCUUACAAGUCCGUCCUGGCCUGCAUAAGGACAGUGCAGAAGACGGAAGGGUUCGGUGCCUUCUACCGCAGCUACACCACACAGCUCACCAUGAACGUGCCCUUCCAGGCCAUUCACUUCAUCACCUACGAGUUCAUGCAGGAGCAGAUCAACCCACGCAGGGAGUACAACCCACGCUCCCACAUUGUCUCCGGUGCCAUCGCAGGGGCUGUGGCUGCCGCUGCCACCACCCCUCUGGAUGUCUGCAAGACCCUGCUCAACACCCAGGAGAACAUGGCCUUGAGCUCUGUGAACAUCAGCGGGCACCUCACGGGCAUGGUGAAUGCCUUCAAGACUGUCUAUCAGCUGGGGGGGGUCUCGGGCUGCUUCCGGGGGGUGCAAGCUCGUGUCAUUUACCAGAUGCCCUCCACAGCCAUUGCCUGGUCCGUGUACGAGUUCUUCAAGUACUUCCUCACAAAGCACAAGCUGGAGAAGAGAGUAUCCUAGUGAAGGACUCCCAGGGUGAAUGCAAGCCCCUGUGUCCCCUCUGUGUGUGUGUGUGUGUGUGUGUACCUGCAAGCCAGCCAGCUCUGGGGCUCUGCUAAGGGAAGUACCAGGUUCGUGGUGGAUUCACAGCUGAUGUCCACUUCUCCCUUCCUCAGGGAUUCAAGUGCUCCUCAGCCACACGUUCCCCUCCUUGCUCCAGGAAAAGAUUUACAAAGACUCCUCAUAAUAAUAUAUAUAUAUAUUUAAUAACUUUAUUUUGGAGAAGGGAAAUUGCUGACUGAUAUUUUUCUCUCUGAGUAAGGUGAAGAUGCAGUUUACUCCUCACCGCAAAGCUUGGGUAGGAAAACCCAGGCUGGGGUGGUGGCUUUUUUACAGCAAAGAAGCAAAAUAUCCUGUCCCAGAGCUUACUUUUUUAUAUGAAUAUAAAAUAGAUGGAUAAUGUUUAUCCUUUAUUUUUCUAUCGAGGCGUUUGGGUUGGGUUUGUAACUACUCUUACAGCUGGAUGCUGUUUAAAAAGGGCUCAAUUCCUCCAUCCUGGGCGAGGAGGACACAAAAGCAUUUAUUUUUAUAGCUGGAUUGGCUCUAAUUCUCCAACAUUGAACCCCCAGAUGGUGGCCUGGAUUCUAGUGGGGGUGUCAAGGUACUUGGUACCCCCUUGAGACUCAUUGGGAUGGGGAGGAGAAGGACCAGGGGCACCAGCAAGGAAGGACAUCCCAAAACAUGUUGUGGGGGAAAGGGGGAAACAAUUCCAUUGUAUUUUACAAGGAGAAGACUAAAAAUUGUGGAUUUUAAUCAGAAAAGUCCUUUUUUUUUGUGUUUUGCAGCUACUUUUUUUAAGGUACAUUCUGGUGGUGUGUGGUGGCUGCACAGCCUCAUCCUCCCUUAACUUACUCAUCCUUUCCCACCACGGCCCCGAUCCUGCUCACCGGAGUGACCAUGCACAUCCCCAUAGCUGGGAAUGGGGUGCAUGGAGCUGCUCUGCUCCCUAAGGGAGGACCCGGGGCUUCUGUUUACAGGUUGGCUACAGAGUCACAAGGGUCACAUCCUGGCAGCACCAAACCAGCAGCAGGCAGGGAUAUCCAUAGGGAAUUCUGCCCUACAGAAGCGAAGGCAUCUCCCAGCCCCAUGUUUGACAAUAAGCUGCUGCUCAUCUCUGUUGGGGAGGGGAGAAAGCAUCAUAAAUGACAACCUCGAGAGGUUCCUCGUGCUCUGGGUUUGCUGCUGUGGGAUGCUGAGCUUUGCGGUGGCCAGCAGAGCUGUGCCUGCUCCUACUGGGAAUGGGAUUUCCAGCCCAAAAUGCAGCCUUUAACCAGUUACUUGGGUGAUCAGGAGCCAAUGAGGGGUUUUAGGGGCCUGGAUGUGUAAACCUAAGUGACAGGACACCAGCCGGCACAUCUCCAUCCUCCCUGGAAGUGAUGGCUCAAGCUGGCACCAUCUCCAUGGUGCAGCUUGGGGAGAUGUGGCUUCAGCUUGUUGUCAGCACUGGGUGGGAUGUCUCUGGGGGAGCUGCAAUGUGAUGGGCAGCUUUUGGGCUGGGACACGUCACUGGAGGUGUCCCAUGCACCAGGAUGACACUAAACAGACCUAAACCUCUUGC